AGGAGCAGCAGUGGGACUGACCUCCACCGACCUGUCUGUGCAGAUCUGUGUGCGGAAGUAACCCGCAGACGCACCACAAAAUGGCGAGGCAAACUUUGGCCUAGAGAAAGUUGUGACAGGGAGGAUUGUGAGGAUGUGUGAGGGCGCAGGGCAGAGGCUGACUCGCAGAGACAGCUCCAGGUUCUCCGGGGUUGUGGGUUUUGUGCUGUCGGUGCUGAGUGCUGCGGUGGUCCUGGCAGUGCUGGGCUGUGUUUGCGGCCUUUUGUACCCUAUCCUCAAAGAACUGCGGGCACUGAGAGUCAAAGGAGAAGAUGGGACUGAACAAAAGAUGCUGGGUUUCUGGAGCGUCUUAGUCAUCUCUCUGUUGGUGGCUAGUCUUUGCUCCGCCUCCUCCUGGAUUCUGAUGCACCUGGACUCCGCCCACAGCAGGACCCGCCCACAUAUUUCACCCCACGACAGCGACAGGGUGCGGCUGGAUUAUGGGAUGGCUGCGCUGAACGGCGUCAUGGCGAUGGUCACGGUUAUUUGGGGUCUCAGCUGACAAUAUUUAUGAAUGCAAGUUAUGUAAGCUUGUUUGAUCAUGUUUUUGAUGUUAAAUAUCCAGGUAGAGGGAAUCCAUGAUGAGUUUCAGAAUCAUGAGGAAUUAGGACCGUUGCCAUAGCAAUUAACAAAAUAUAUCUUUGAAUGUCUAAAAAGUCCUCAAAAUGUUGCACAUAAACUGAAACCCAUUACUUUAUUAGAUGAUAAAUAGUGAGUGUGUACUGUUACUUCAAAAUACUGAAGUCUACAACAAUAAAAACAAAAGUACAGUACAUUGCAGUAAAAUGUAUACAGUAUUCAGGUAUGUACGCAUUUAAGUAUAGCUGCAAAUGUAAUUGUAUUUGUACUACCCCUAUAUAACAGACUGUAGAUUCACACAUUGAAGCGUUAAAAAAGGUUUACUGUACCUAAUAAUUUGGCCAUGGAGGGUUUAGAGACCAACACGAGUGAAUGUAUAGAAAUAACAGUGGAAGUUUUGCUCAUGUAUGUAUUUUGUUUUGGCACGGCAAGGACUGGAAAUAAUGUCUUUUUAUGAAGUGAAUAAGAAAUAUUUUUGUCCAGCAGAUGGUGCUUUUGUGUAAUAUUUGAUUGCAUUCUAAAUGUUUUUAGUCUUUGGGUUUAGCAGCUGUGCAUCACCUAAAGUUUUCUUCAAUUAGUUAAUUUUUUUUGUGAAAUACACUUUCAAGCAGUGAUGGAAGAAGUACUCAAUUCUGUUACUUAAGUAAAAGUACAGAUACCGGAGCAAAAAAAUAUUAAAGUAAAAGUAUUGCACGAAAAAUCUACUUAAGUAAAAGUAUUGAAGAUGUACUUAAAGAGUAAAAAGUAAAAGUAUCCACUUUAAAAUCUAGUAAAGUACAGAGACCUGACAUUGUUACUACUUUUACUUAAUUACGUUCCACUACUGCUUUCACGUUAUUAAAACAUCAACUGUUUGACUUUGUUUCCACAUAUUUAUUAAAUUCUUACAAUACAACGACGUUCUCCCUCCCUCUUCCACCCACAU